AUGUCUACCGAGUCCAUCAGCGUUAUUGUGCGCUGUCGAGGACGAAAUGAGCGCGAAUUGCAGAUGAAAAGCCCUGUGGUGGUACGUAUUCCGGAUCAGCCAGGUGCAAACCAGGUCAGUGUGAACACAUCGCAGGAUUUCAUCACCAGUCAAGUUGCAGACACCAGAGUUUACACCGUGGACCAAGCCUUUGGUCCUGCGGCCGAUCAAUCAGUGUUUUUCCGUGAUGUAGGGCUACCACUUGUCAGCGAGUUCCUGAAGGGCUACAAUUGCACGAUCCUUGCCUACGGCCAGACUGGAUCGGGGAAAACGUACACGAUGUGUGGAGACAUCAGCGACAAGGAACCCGGAAGAGACGCAGGGCUUGUGCCACGCGUGCUUUGCAAGCUGUUUGAAUGCGUGGAUGAUGACUUUAUGAUCAAAUGCUCGUUCAUUGAGAUUUAUAACGAAGAGCUGAAAGACCUACUUGGUGAUACAAAAAAUACGCGUCUUCGCAUAUUUGAGCGCAAGAACUCAUGCGGAAACGGUAUCAGGAUUGACGGUCUCGAGGAGCAUCACAUUCGGAAGGCCGGCGAGGGUCUGGAGCUCUUGAAGAAGGGCUUGGAACGUCGCCAAACGGCAGCUACCAAGAUGAACGAUUUAUCCAGUCGCUCGCACACAAUCUUUAGUAUCACACUGAUCCAGAAGAAAAAUGACUCAGAGUACCAGUAUGCCAAGAUGAACCUUGUGGAUCUGGCUGGGUCCGAGAAUAUCAGCAGGUCAGGGGCGAUAAACCAGCGUGCAAAGGAGGCUGGUUCCAUUAACCAGUCGCUGCUCACCUUGGGCAGAGUUAUCAAUGCCUUAGUCGACAAGAGCAGUUAUAUUCCGUACAGGGAAUCUAAACUGACGCGGUUGCUGCAGGACUCUCUUGGAGGAAAGACAAAGACUGUGUUAGUUGCUAACAUCUCUCCUGCUGGCGUCGAUACGCAGGCUACCACUAGUACUCUGGAUUACGCUACCAAGGCCAAGGAUAUCCGGAAUACGGCACAGAUAGGGCCUCUAAUAUCAGACAAAGUGCUACUAAAAGAGCUUGUCGAUGAAAACUAUCGUCUGAAGCUGGACUUGAAGGCCACAAGGAACAAGGAAGGAGUGUACUUGAACGAGUCCAACUACAAUGAGCUCAUGAUUAACUACAAGAACCUGACCAAUGAGACCGAGGAGCUAAGACGCCAGAGCGAGCUGUUGACGAUGCAGGCCAACGAGAACGCACGUCUUUUGGAAGAUGAAAGAAAGGAAAAGCUCAAGAGCAUACAGAGUAUGAAAGCCAUGGAAGAAAGGCUUUCCCAGCUCGAAAGUGCGCUGGAGAGUCAGCGAUCGCGCGAAGUGAAUGUGAUCAAACUAACACAGCAAGUCGUUGAGCACUGUAGCCAGGAGUCAGAGGAAAUGGUGAAAAACCAGAGCCGGUACCAGAGAAUGCUGAAUGAGAAGCUUGAGGAAAUGAUCAUGCCUGUGAUGCAACAUAUCGCAAGAAGAACGCAAAAUGGGGACGAUUUAGGUGUCGCCAAAAUGGGUGAGAAGAUUUCUGAACAGUUGCAAGCCAUUGGAAAAGAACAGCGAUUGCUUACAAACCGAAUACUGGAAAAAACCGAAGAGCUGCGUACCUUCAGAAGCGAGCUGGAUAAAGUUUUCAGUGAGCUCAAGAACCAGCUGACCUUACUUAGAUCAGGAAUUAGCGAGUCACAAAACAACGAUGCCGAGUUUGAUCGUUAUCUACGAACUGUCUUUGACGAUAAGCCUAUCGUGCAAAAUGUGACCGCGGAAUCAGAGAAGAUGAUAGAAGAUAUGAAAUCUCAGAUUUUGUAUCAGUUUUCGCAAUUUUCCAAGAAUCUGACGCAAACAACUAUUGAAAUGGUACUCAAUUCCACCAAGGAGAAAAUUUCCGAGAAGCAGACUAAAUGGGCCUUAAAAAAUUGCACCCUUGCAGAAACGUUGGCAGACCGCAACGCUAAGGUGCUGUCAUCGGUAGAUCAGUGCGCAACCUCUCUUCAGUCGCAUCUGGAGGCCAAUGUGGGGUAUCUGAACUACCAAAAAGCCAAGCUGGCUAAUCUGAACAAUGCCGUAGCAGCUACCAACACAGACGUGGUCGAACAGUCCGAGAAACAAAACAAGAUACUUACUUCCUAUGCAUCGCUACAAUCGUCAAACAGAGAACUUGAAUCGACAAUGGGCCAGAUUAAAAAAAGCUUAUCGAACCUCCAGGAAGUGCUGCCUCCUCCCACAGAAUCACGAAAGCCUGUGCCGGGACUUCCCGAAUUGCAAAGACUAAUCAACCAGCCCCUGAGCGAAGUAAAAAAUCGCAAAACACCGCAUUCAUCGCCAACAAAAAGAGCCCUGCCUCAGCCGUCUUCCGAAAAGCGCAGACACACACAGCAGAGCAAAUAA